AAUGCGGCGCAUUAAUACCUUCAUGGCCGCUGUUGUGUUGUGAUAUUAUUCUACGUGCAAUAAUUCCAGGGUCAUUUUAAUCAUGUUGUGACCGCAUUCGUUUCACUUCAUUGUCUUCAGGAAGUCACUGGGUGUUUCAAAAGACUGACAACCAUUUUUUCCUUCACAAAUAUGGAAGCAGAAACGCAGGAUCCGGUGGUGGUCUCCCCUUCCAUGUUGCAGUAAAAAGGCAAGUCUUGUGUCCAUGCGAGACAUCGUUCCCGAAGACGACGACGAAGAAGAAGAAGACGACAUUGUAGGAGAAGAGACCACGAUGAUGAAGCAAAUGGAUCGCCACGGCGACGGAUACAUGACGCCCAACUAUGUGACGGUCAUUCCGGUGGAAUAUCCACGUUCCGACAGCUCUCCUCUUUCAGUGGGUUCGUUGAGGUCGGUCGAAGAUCGGGAGAUGAUCCUGGAGAGGCACUCCCCGUACGCCACGUCGUUGCCGGCCUCGGUCCUCCGAGCCCGUCUCCUCACCCCGUCUCACCACUGCUACUUUCCAACGAGUCGAGACGAUAGCUGGAGACCUCAACCGAGAGAGCGGCUUCAUCUGACGACGCACACUCCGCACCAGCACCAACAGCAGCAGCAGCAACAACCUCCACCGGCUCCAGCUAAAAAACAAGAAAUCUGCGUAUACCUGCUUAGCAAGUUGUGCCUGUGUGUCGAAGUGGAGAACAUGUACCUGGCCACGGCACAGGAAAUCAUGCAGCUCAUUGCGCAGGACGAAACUCAGAUGCACUUUCCUCCCCAGCUAGUGGAUGCCUUUUCCCUGUGGAUGACGUCUCCACUUUUAGAGCUCCAGCUGAAGCCGCAGCACCGACCGUGCCUCAUCCGCGACAAGUGGGCGGAGUACUUGAAAAAGUACACGUACGCGACAAAACAUCAACUGGAUUCUGAUGAACCCGUACUGACGCUUCAGCGAAAUGUGUUCUACGACAAAAACGAAGAGCGCAAGAUCACAGAUGACAAGAUGCUGAAGAUGUUGUACUCUGAAGCUAAAGGCAAUGUCCUCGACGGGAGGUACCCGUGCGAAAUCGACGACUGCAUGGUUCUGGCCGCCAUUCAAGCGAGGCUGGAACUGGGCCCUUACGACGCACUGAGACAUACCCCGGAAUUUUUCAGGUCCCGGAUACGAGAGUUCCUUCCGGAACACGCGUGCCGGUCCCACUGGUUCCUGCUCGGCCUCGGCGCCAAGAACGGUCCUGAACGUCGUCUUGCCGAGCAUUUCAAAGGGAUGUCGGCCACCGUCAAGGAGCACCGUCUGCAUCGGAAAUACCUCGAAUUCUGCUGGGCUCUGCCGUAUUACGGGAGUGCUUUCUUCAACGCCCAGAUCGAGAGGCCGGUCAGCGGGAUUGCGGCGCUGAUGAGUCAUUACGACCUGCCAGUUCUGGUUGGCAUCAACCGUGAGGGCCUUCACGUCAUUGACCCCAGUCAACCGGUGGUGCUGAUGAGCCUGCAGUAUAGGCACCUCUCCUGGGAUUGUGCCCAUCCAGCCCAGCCGCAGAACCCCAACUGUCUGCCGUGCCUCUUUCUGCAGUUCCAGCAGCCGGGGCAGAACGAAAUCAGCAUGGUGCAGCUCUUCUCCAAACAGGCGGUGUUGAUGGACGCCCUCAUAGCGACCCUAGUUGAAGAACUGAAGAAGCGACCUUCUUGGGCGGAGGAUGAAGUUGACGGAGUCGGCGCGGGAACACACUCGGAUGAGGAUGUCCAAAUACCACUGACGGCGAAGAAGAUCCGCGACGAACAGGGGCUCUCUGGCAAGAUGCGAAAGCUGUCCAUUGCCAGGUUCAGCAGUCGCGGGGACUACAUCAACUCACGAGGAUCGCUGGCCUUCAAAAAUGAAGCUGGCCGGCCCAGAUAGCCAAUGGGGCUACUGUAUUGUAAAUAGACGCGAAGCGUUCACAGAGCCACCUGCUGGCUGUGAGCAACGACGUUCCCAUUUUAAAAUGUGAUACUGCACACAGGUGAUACGUGGAUAUGGCACGUUGUAUGUACAAAGAGUGGAGGCGCCAGCAUUUCCGCGAUCCACGCCGUGCUCGAGUAUUUUUUUGUUUCCGUGGAAACAGUAACCCAGUGUAGUGACCAGUGAUUCCCGGUGAACUGUUUUUGUUUGUUUUUGUUCACUCCCCUGAGCAGAAAGCAUCAGUUCUUAUUGUACCUAAGCUGUCCUGCUUAACUGUGUUCAGAGCUGUACGUGUCGCGCCAUCACUUUCUGCGUCAAAGAGGGAUGUGUGUAGCCAGUAUUACGUUUACGCAAAGUUAGUUUUAAUCUGUUUAGAUAGUUUUUCAAAUUUGUUUUUGUCUUAAUCCUACGCAUCAAUGAUAAUUGCAUCUAGCUGAACAUAUUUAAUGCGAAAAAUUUACAUGCAUUGCCGCAAAUGUCACCAUAUUUCUUAGUUUCGGUAGUGCUAAGUACCUACAGUUUUUUAAUACACACAAAAAAUUGAAUACCCUUAAAUGGUACCCCUUUUUUAAAUUUAUAUAUAUUUACAAAAUAAGUUUACUACAUAGAAUUUUAUAUCGCACGAAUCGAAUGAAUGUACUUGUGCGUGGCUCAUCCUGUAGGACCGAUUAAAAGGGGCCACCGCUUUGAUGUUAUGCUUGUUUUUGCAAUCCACAUAAAAUCAUUAUGGCAUCUGCAGUGUAAUGUUACGCAGUUGAAAAAGAAAUUAAGCUGAAGUGUUGAGGUCCAAGGCAGCAGCUGUUAAGCUUCGUGACAUGCUUUGCACAUAUUCUUCAAGUUUAUUACGAUAUUUUUGAGUUGUAAGCUAGACCAUUCAACUAAAUAAAAAGAACAAGAACAACACA